GCGUGUGUGCGCUAUGUACGUAGUAGAGGCGCUGGGAACCACUGACUACAGGAAGUGCUUUUGUAAAUCGCAUCCGGGUCGGUUGUACGAGGAUCUUGUAGUGCGACACAGAGCGAGACGCUGUGUCUGUUCCGUGUAUGUAUGUAUGUAUGGUGAUGUGUUGUUGCUUUGUGACGCCUGAUUUCCGAGCUGCUGGGGUACCACGUGCGUGCAGUGCCCGCCAUUCCCAGCAUCUCUGCCUACUAUCAGGAUUAGGAGCAGGCUUUUAUGAUGUAUGGCCAAAUUGUUCCCCGAGGCUCAACUGAGAACACACAGAACAUCCAAAACGCAUCACUUACAAAUGAGGACCCAGAGGCUAAGAGGAGCAGGUUCUCAUGCCCGGGCUGCAAUUUCGCCUGUAAUUCUCUUCAGAACUACAAAAUACAUUUGCAUCAGACAAAUCAUGAAGAUGUGGAAAAAGUAAUGACUCAGAAUCCAAGUGCAUUAAACAAGCCAGAAAACCAGAAGAUGAACACCACAAAGAAUACAGAAAAUCAGAACGUGAAUACCACAAGGAUUCCAGGAAACCAGAUGAACACCACAAGAAUUCCAGAAAACCAGAGGAUGAAUACCUCAGAGGUUCCAGAUAACCAGAAGAUGAACACCGCAAGGAUUCCAGGGAUCCAGAUGAUGAAUACUACAAGGGUUCCAGGAAACCAGAUGAUGAAUACUACAAACGUUCCAGGAAACCAGAUGAACCCCACAAGGAUUCCAGAAACGCAGAAGAUGGACACCACAAGGGUUCCAGAAAACCAGGAGAUGGACACCACAAGGAUUCCAGAAAACCAGGAGAUGGACACCACAAGGAUUCCAGGAAACCAGAUGAACCCAACAAAGAUUCCAGAAAACCAGGAGAUGGACACCACAAGUAUUCCAGGAAACCAGGUGAACCCAACAAGAAUUCCAGAAAACCAGAAGAUGGACACCACAAGCAUUCCAGAAAACCAGAAGAUCGACACCACAAGGAUUCCAGGAAACCAGAUGAGCACCACAAGUACUCCAGAAAACCAGAAGAUGGACACCACAAGCAUUACAGGAAACCAGAUGAACACCAAAAGUAUUCCAGAAAACCGAAAGAUGGACACCACAAGGCUUCCAGGAAACCAGAUGAGCACCACAAGGUUUCCAGAAAACAAGAAGGUGGUCACAACAAUGGUUCCAGGAAACCAGAUGAGCACCACAAGGUUUCCAGAAAACAAGAAGGUGGUCACAACAAUGGUUCCAGGAAACCAGAUGAGCACCACAAGGAUUCCAGAAUACAAGAAAGUGGUCACAACAACGGUUCCAGAAAACCAGAAGGUGAACACCCAAAGGAUUUCAGAAAUCAAGGGUAUUAACACCACAAGGAUUCCUGAAACUAAGAAGAUGAACAUCACACCUAAUCCAGACAAUCAGGAGAUAAAGUCCACCAAGACUCCAGGGACUUUGGCUGAACACCUCAGGAAAUCCAUAUUUUUUUUGGUAGAUUAUCUGCACAAAGCAGACAGGGAGCCUCUGAUUGGCUUGCAGUAUGUUCUUGAAUAUAAAGUUCGAACUAAAGCAAACAGAGUUGUACCAAAAUAUAUCUGUGAGCUAUGCAAUUUUGAAACAGAUGUGGUUCCUAUGGUGGUACAUUUGACUGGCUUCAGACACCGCAAACUUUACCUUGCAAAGGAGUAUCCAUAUGUUCUUAAUGCUAAUUCUAAAAGCAGUGAAGACAAGCCUCAGUUUGUGAGAAGAAUGGCACAGGAAAUAGAACGGGAUGAGGGGACAAAGAUGUUCAAGAUUGAUAAUGUUGUGAGGAUGGAAUCGAAUACUUCAGCCAGUCAAUCCAAAAGCAUAACAAGACGCAACAUUGAAGGCAAUCAAAGUCAAACAAGAAUGAAUAAAGCUCUGGAAUAUUUGGAAUCAUUUGAGAUUGACCAUGAUGGUGAAGCAGUGACUGUCACGGGGCUCACAAGCAAGCUGACAUCUGACAUAAAGCGCUUUCCUGUCAGAGAUGCCAGGGCAAAGGAUGUGGCCAUGUCACAAAUGCAAAAUGUUUCUGGAGAGAGGAGGACCUUUCAGAACCCUGGGCCGCUGGGCUUUGUGCCGCCGAGCUUUGUGCCGCCGAGCUUUGUGCCGCCGGGCUUUGUGCCGCCGGGCUUUGUGCCCCCAGGCUUUGUGCCCCCAGGCUUUGUGCCGCCGAGCUUUGUGCCGCCGGGCUUUGUGCCGCCGGGCUUCGUGCCGCCGAACUUCGUGCCACCGGGCUUCGUGCCACCGGGCUUUGUGCCGCCGAACCCAAUGCUUAAUAUGCCACCACAAUUUAACAGAGGACCUCCAGAACCAAAUACCAUGCAAGAUGGUUUUCGUGGGCCAAAUAUGCACCGCAUUGACCAAACAAAAAUGAUGCCAGAUGCAUCUGUUCCACAGAAGCCACAACAGUUUCCAUUUGUUCCAUCAAACCAAACACAAAAUAUUCAAAACCUUUCAAUGCCUAAUACAGCAGGCAGUGCCCAAUCAACUGCACAGUCUAUUCAAAAUAACCCAAGCACUGAAGAUCUUCCGUUUCUGAAGAAACUAAUGACAUUGCUUAGUGUUCUUCCACAAAACACUUCCUCUACUGAAAAUGUACAGAUGAAUUCAAAAUUAAUGAUGUUAAAAGCAUUACUGCUAGGUCAAAAACCCAGCUCUGACCUUUCACAGCAGCAAAUGAUGAUGCAGAUUGCCUCUCUGACACAGGGCACUGGAAACACAGAUAUGGGUUCUCUCAAUCAGCAACUGAUGACAAUAAUGGCAUCACAAAAUCCCACCACUAUGAAAAACGUCCUGUUAAACCAGCAGAUGACGCAAGUGGCCUCAAUGGGUAAAAAUACAUUGAGUAUGGAAAACCCUCAACUAAACCAGAAUUUACUUAUGCAGAUGGCAGGUGGGAUGCAAGACCCUCAGAACAGAGGAAAUGCGCUGAUGAAUUUGAUGUCUAAUUUGAACCAGAGUGUUCCAAACCAACAGGGUGGACAGGUGGGCAGCAGUUCAAUGAUGCAAAGGAACCAGGAUGCUGAUCAAAAGCAAAAUCUAAAUACUCGACCAGAAUAUGCUGGUGCAUCACAGAACUAUGGAAAUGUUGGUUAUGAUCGUUCAGUGGAGGGAAAUAACCUAUCACAGGCUGAUCCCGUCAGCCAGUAUGAUGAUAUGGCUGAAUCUGGGAUACACAAGGCAAAUGAACAGACACGUGCACCAUAUUCUGAAAUGAGUUAUGAAUCUGGAAUACAUGGUAGGAAACGGAAUGAGUCGUCUUAUAGAAGCCCUUCAGCACAAGUCGCUGGUACUUCAAGAGAACGAGAACCUUACAGAAGAGUUAGUCUGUCUCCUGAUUAUAUGGCACCUGCAUCAAACACCCGUGAGCUGUAUAAUUCGAAACAGUACGAUGUACCUGAGUGGGGUGAUAGAGAGAGCGAUAUACUACAUAGUAAGCGCGCUAGACUGGAUAUGGAUCGCAUUCCACCACGCUACUCAGAAGACUACUAUCGUGAAUCACGCCAGCCAUAUGGGAGACGUACCGCUGACCUAUCUGAGGAUAUCAGAGACCGGAUUCGUGGAAAGGAUCCAUUCACAGUGUCUGCAAUUCUCAGUGAAUAUGCCGAUAAACGGUCUUCAAAAUAAAAUUUUUACAUAUUUCUAUGGGCUACCCGAAGAGAACAGUAAAACGUGAACUUCUGAUCAGCGGGACAGGAUUUUGAUGUGUAUACCAUAGUGGGGGGAGGGUGGGGGGAGGGGAGGAGGAGUUGUAUCUCCAAAGCACAGUAAUGUUUUAGUGUUGCCUGCUUUUAUUAAAAACUGUUUUCGCCUGUUAAAGGAAGUGUUUUGUUUUCCCCCAAUAAAUAGAAAUGUAUAGUGUCAAAACUA